GAGAGAGAGUGAGUGAGUGCAGGAGAGAGAGAGAGUGUGUGUAGAGUGCGCUGCAGGAACGCUUGAGUUCGGGUCCUGGUUCGGUUUGUGUCGGUUCGAGCGGAAGAUUGUGACUCAGAAAGCGAAAGUUUGACGCAGGAUUGAUCAUGAGAGAGCUCGUGCGCAACUGCUGUUGGAUUUUGUUGCUGGUCUGCGGAUCCUCACAGUUGUCUCUGUCGCCGGAGAAGGCGAACGAGUUUCUCCGCAGACACCGGAGGGCUAACCACAUGUUUGAGGAGACGAAAAAGGGUCAUCUGGAGCGGGAGUGUGUGGAGGAAAGAUGCUCGAAAGAGGAGGCGAGGGAGGUGUUUGAGAAUGACCCUGAGACGGAAUUUUUCUUCCCAAAGUAUCAGGAUUGUUUGGAGAAGUUUGGAGACUCAGAAAAGAAGAAACAAGAUCUGAUAACCUGCGUCCACAAUAUCCCGGAUCAGUGCUCGUCCAGUCCGUGUAAUCCUCAGGGUUCAUUUCGCUGUGAGGACGGGAAAGGAGAUUUUCAGUGUCAUUGUUUCACAGGAUGGGCAGGUGUCAGGUGUGAUGAAGAUGUGAACGAGUGCAGCAGAAGUAACGGUGGUUGUGAGCAUGAAUGUAACAACACUAGAGGAAGUUACCACUGCUGGUGUCGUCAUGGUUACAGACUCUCGGGUCACCACGCCUGUGUGGAUGUAGAUGAGUGUGUGGAAACACCUGAAGUUUGUGGAACGGCUCGCUGUGGGAAUCUUUUAGGAAGUCAUGAGUGUUUAUGUGAGGAGGGAUUCGUCUAUGACAAUCUGACCAAGAGCUGUACAGAUGUAGAUGAGUGUGAGUCUGGUGUGUGUCAGGAGGAUUGUGUGAACACGCCUGGAAGUUUCCGUUGUUACUGUGAUGGGCGACAGGGCAAGAGACUGACUCAGGAUCAGAGGAACUGUGAGGUUAUUGAGACUCGUCUUCCAGCGAGUAUGAAGAGAAACUCUCGCUCGCUGUAUCUGGGCCGGAUGUUCAGCGGGAUUCCUGUGGUCAGACUUCGUUUUCGUCGACGGGUUCAGACCGGAUUCACAGCUGAGUUUGAUCUCAGGACCUUUGAUUCAGAAGGUGUGAUCUUCUUCGCUGGUGGUCAUCUCAACAGCUCCUGGAUUGUUCUGUUGAUUCAUCAUGGAAAACUGGAGCUGCAGUUAAAGUACGGAUCUGUCGGUCGAAUGACCAGCAGCGGACCGCCGGUCAAUGACGGACAGUGGCAUAAGAUCUCAGUAGAGGAGCAGGGGCGGAGUCUCGUCAUUAAGAUUGACAGGGAGGCGGUGAUGAAGAUCGCAGUCAAUGGAGAUCUGUUCACACAGAAUAAAGGCAUGCAUGAGCUCAACCUGACAGUGGGCGGAGUUCCUUUUAAAGAGGAGGGGCUUGUUAGCAAGGUGAAUCCUCGGUUAGAUGCGUGUAUGAAGGACUGGCGCUGGUUAACAGGUGAAGACACGUCCAUUCAGGAGACCAUCCGAAACAAUGAACGCAUGCAGUGUUACGCUAUAGAAGAUCACAGCACCUUCUACACUGGACACGGCUUUGCCUUCUUCAAUCACAGCCACGGAGACAAUCAGACCCUCAGGAUUCAUCUGAACGUGCGUCCUGUAUCCAGUAUGGGUGUUUUAUUGGCUCUGAUUCAUCACGACAGAGUCCCGUUCUCCGUCUCGAUCUCAGAUCAUCAUCCUAAAACCUUCGAGUGGACACCGCACGUGUUGGUGUCAUUCGGUGAUGUGGUGGUGGCCAGCGCUUCAGUCUCUUUCAGUGAUUCAGAGACACAUACGGUCAACGUCAGCGUAUCAGGAAACAGCACAAUACUGGAGGUGGACGGACAGCCGGGUCGAACCGAGUCUGUGGAGAAUCUGGAAGCUCUUGAUCUCUCGUCAUACAGCACAUUUAUUGGGGGACUACCAGAUGUUUCUCUGGUGUCCACGCCCGUCUCUGCGUUCUUCAGCGGCUGUAUGGACGUGAGGGUUAACGGUCGUCUGCUGGACGUGGAUGAAGCUCAACACAAGCACAAUGACAUUCGAUCUCACUCCUGUCCUCUAGUGAGCGCUCAACAAUAAGAGUUCAAACACACUGCCGCCCAUCUCUAACAUUUACUCCAAUAAUUAAGAGAUGUUUCAUUCAGGUCCAGUAAACGCACCAUAAACCCAGAUCCUGUAUGAAGUUCAGCACACACACACACUGUAGAUGUCUUUAUUAUUUACAUGCUUACAUUAGACACAACACAAGCUACUGAGAUUAAGAGCGCUGUAAUAUAUAAAUACUGUAUGUGUAAAUAUGUGACUGUAAAACAUUCAACCACCUUCAUAUCUCUAAAGACCUUCAGACAGCUAAAGGUCUCAAUGUAGGUGCUCAACAUCAUAUCAAUAUCAUCGUCUUCACUAGUUGACUUCAUUUUAGUCUCUUCUUGUUUGAUUUUAGUUUGUGUUUUUAAUCAUUGUACACUGAAUGGUUUUGUAUUUGGUUCAUGUUUGUUCUGAGUUCACGAAGAGAAAUAAAUCCUGACCUUAUCAAACGUCUGUCUACACGUUAAUAUAUUUAACACGAAUCACUUGAAUAUCAUCUAAAUCCUGACACAGCAGACGUUCAUGUGCAGAUUUAAUGUUCUGGGUUUAAUGCAACGAAAUCUCUUUUCAGGGAUGCAAAUGUUUAACCUUUCGUAGAGGACGACUAGUUAUGUGACCCGUCUCUCUCUGUCAUUGUGUUAAUGGAGCUGAUGGCAGAUUGUUUCAUAAUCUUUACACAGCCGAUCUCGAUUCACAACAGCAGCACUACAGUAUAUACAGCACUAUGUUCAUACAUGACAAAUUUAGCACACUAGUUUUUAGUACAUUAAUGCACAUGUAUGAAAAUAAAAAGUGUCUGUGCCGUUA